AUGUUUCGCAAGGCAAUCCCUCUGGCGUGUAGUGCGGCGAAAGUUCCAUGGAGUGAAUUAACUAAUGCCGAACUUGUGGAUGCUGUGAAUUCCCGCAAAAUUCAUUUUUACGGUCUCGAACAGGCAUUGCAGCCGAAUUACAAGCGUGCCAUUGAGGUGCGUCGUGAGGUGGUCUCCAGAGUUGCGUUCCAGCAGCCAGACGGUGAGAAGAAGGAGAGUGCCCUGCAUAGUAUUCCUUUUGAGAAUUAUGACUGGGACCGGGUUGUCGGUCAUAAUUGCGAAAAUAUUAUUGGAUACGUGCCAAUUCCACUUGGUAUUGCCGGGCCUAUUCUCAUGGACGGUAAAGAGUAUCCUAUCCCUAUGGCCACAACGGAGGGGGCGCUUGUGGCCAGCACCCAUCGUGGCGCCCGAUCGAUAACAAAAUCCGGUGGGUGCAAUACGCUCGUGUUGGGUGAGGGCAUGACAAGGGCCCCUGUGGUGGAACUUCCAUCUCUGGUGGAGGCGGGAAGGCUUCACAAGUACUGCAACGAAAAUUUCUCCACAUUAAAAGAGGCUUUUGAGUCCACAACGCGGUUUGGGAAGCUGAAUUCACUGAAGUGCGUGUUGGCAGGACGAAAGGCGUACCUCCGCUUCCGCGCGACCACGGGCGAUGCAAUGGGAAUGAACAUGAUUACAAAGGGCGUCGAUAGAGCCAUGUCGUUGCUGCAGCAGCAGUUCCCUUCAAUGAGGGUUAUCGCCUUAUCGGGCAAUUAUUGCACUGACAAGAAGCCAUCCGCGGUAAACUGGAUUGAAGGACGUGGAAAGUCGGUCGUCGCGGAGGCCACCGUGCUCGCCGACGUCGUUGAAGAAACCCUAAAGUGCACAGUUGACAGCCUUGUAUCACUCAAUGUUGAUAAGAAUCUGGUUGGCUCAGCCAUGGCGGGGUCUGUUGGUGGAUUCAACGCCCAAGCUGCGAAUGCCGUUGCUGCCAUUUUCCUUGCCACUGGACAAGACCCAGCGCAGGUGGUGGAGUCGUCCACGUGCCUUACAAGCAUGUCAAAGGUGGGCAAUGAUCUUCUCAUCACAGUGACAAUGCCAAGCAUUGAGGUCGGUACAGUUGGGGGUGGCACAGGACUGGUGGCGCAGCGAGGCUGCCUAGAGUUAAUGGGCUGUGGCGGUUCGAGCAAGGAAACGCCGGGUGAAAAUGCACGGUUGCUCUCGCGUGUCGUCGCCGCAGGUGUACUGGCAGCUGAGCUUUCCCUCAUGUCCGGCUUGGCUGCGGGUCAUCUCCUUGGCGCCCACAUGCGCCUGAAUCGUAAGCAGAUCUGA